AUGGACUUUUCAGCGCUACUUUCACAGGAAAUCAACAAGAAGAGGAAGACAAGCAAAACGUCAAGCAAUAGCGGGAAGCGGAAAGUUGCGAAGAAUGUUUCAGCUGAGCCAAAGCUAACUGGUCAAAAGGACAAAGAUAAGGACCCUGGACAAGACCAGGACCAGGACCAGGACCAGGACCAGGACCGGACCGGAGCUGAGCAGUCAGCGUCGGAAACUGCGGCCGAAUAUGAGAUCAUCGACUUGUACGAGGACGAGAAAAAGCUGCAGAAUCGGGAAGACGCUGACAAGGACAAUGACAAUGACAAUGACAAUGACAAUGACAAUGACUUGAUGAGAGGUUUCCGAGACGAAGAGCUUGACGCGCAAUUAAAGCAUUUCGACGAGUUUGACGAGACCUUAACCCGGCAAGAGAAAAUCAAGAAACUCCAGUUUUUACUCCAACUGCAGUUGAAAGAGAAGAAAUACGAAUCAUGGCUAGGCAUAGAGAAAGCCCUUCUUGAUGAUGAUGACCCCGAGACGCGAAAGAUCCACUUGGAGUCGAUCAUUGAUCUCGAUUCCAACACGCAAUCGCUCCGUGCUCGAAUCCGACUAUGCUUCAAGAAACUCAUUUCCGAAUGGGAAGCCAGUCCCAAUAAACCAAUUGAUGACGAGCGCUUACUACUGGAAACUAAACGGGACAUCAUCAAGCUUCUUUAUAAGCUUCGUGCUGAUAAAUUGUCGGAGGGAAUGUUGAUCUCGCUCGCCACCAUAGUUUAUCAUUUGCAGGCUCACCAAUUCAACAAGGCCAAUGAAAGCUAUAUGAAAUUGAGCAUAGGGAACGUUUGCUGGCCCAUUGGUGUUGUGAAUGUUGGUAUUCAUGCGAGAUCUGCGAGUCUGAGAAUCACCGGUGGAAGAGAGGUGAGUAAUAUUUUGAUUGGCGAGUCGACUCGCAAAUGGAUCAUUGGUGUUAAACGAUUGAUUAAUUUUAAAGAGAAGCUGGUUUCAAAAAACACUGGAGGCUAA